AUGAAGGUGGAAUCCCGCGAGAAUCAGCCGUCCGCUGCCUCGGCAGAUCGCAGUGGGGCCGACCAGGAGUCUGGCGCUGCUGAACGACCCGAUCCCUCCAAGAAGACCGACGACGGAAAGCCCCAUGCGCCCGCCGAAAAUGGCCAGAAACCGCCCUCCAACGCCAAGGACCCGUCGCGACCGCGCCGGAAGAAGGCGCGGAGAGCCUGUUUCGCUUGUCAGCGGGCGCAUCUGACGUGUGGGGAUGAGAGACCAUGUCAACGGUGUAUCAAGCGCGGUCUGCAAGAUGCCUGCACCGACGGUGUCCGAAAGAAGGCGAAGUAUCUUCACGAUGCGCCGGAUGGCGCGCUGAUGCCCGGCGUCGGAGGGAAUUUCUACAGCAGCAACAACAACAACAGCAGUAUGCGAAACAAUCUGCCUCUGUCGCGAAAUGGCGCCAAUGCCGUCAACGCCAAUGCGCAGCAGAACACCGGAGCCAACUUUUACCCCACCCCGCAGUCGACCUCCUACAAUGUCUACCAAGAGAACCCCAUCAACCAAAGUUCCUUCACCUCGCAGUCCCCUGUGUCUCCGACGUUCAACCUGAAGACCAACCCCACCGCGCGAACCAACAGUCUCUCUUCUGUCGGCCAGCAGCCGCCCACCACGACCGGCGUAUCCGGCCCCAAUCCGCAGAAUCCCUUCGCGGGCGCGCUGUUUGAUCCGAGCGACCCGGCUCUGUUCAACUUCGAUUUGUCCAGUAUGAACUUCGAGAAUCGAUACGGCGCUUUGGAAUUCGGGAUGCUGGGACACAUGGCGACGGGCGCCGGCGAUUCCCCCAGUGACUCGGCCACGCAACGCGGGUCGAUGGGGCGAAGCGGUUCGGCGCAGUUCUCGAAUACUCCGAUCACUGGACAGCCUGGCUUUGGCGAAAGCCCCGGCGGCCAGCAACCCUUCAUGUUCGGUGAUCCUCUGCUGAACGAAUGGCCGGGCGGUCAAGCCUCGGGCCAGGCGCAUGUGAACGUGGGCGGUGUCUACCCGCAGUCUGGCCAAGGAAGCGUCAUCCCGGGCCAUCUGUCCAAGACCGAUGCGCCACAUGCGUUUACCAUCGAAAGUGGCCCGAAUUUCGCCAGCCCCAGCGCCACGACUAGCCCGCAGAUGACCAGCGGGUUUGACGACCACGCGCUCAAUAAUGCGGUCGCCAAGUCGAAUGGUAUGGCGAAUGGCCAGCGGCCUACGAUCUCGACGCCCAGCUUGAAGCACCAGAGUCUCCAGAUAGGCGCCAAGAGACGUCCGCGGAACCCGUCGUCGAUCUACGAGAGUGUCAAGGAGCCGUACGCCUACACGAACCGCUUCCACAAUCUCACCGCCUGUAUCCAGCGGCGCUUUUCACCGCAAAAGACGCUUCAAAUCGCCAAGGCCCUGGCUUCUAUCCGUCCCUCCUUCAUCGCGACCACCAAGACGCUGAACCGAGAUGAUCUGAUUUUCAUGGAGAAAUGUUUCCAGCGAACCCUCUGGGAGUAUGAGGAUUUCAUCAACGCGUGCGGCACGCCCACGAUCGUGUGUCGACGCACCGGGGAGAUCGCCGCUGUGGGCAAGGAAUUCAGCAUUCUGACCGGAUGGAAGAAGGAUGUCCUGUUGGGCAAGGAGCCGAACUUGAAUGUCAACACGGGUGGGUCGUCUUUGCCCGGGUCUGGCACGACAUCGCGCAGCUUCACCCCUCGGGGGUCGGUCGGGGAGAGCACCGCGCCCGGACGGCCGCAGCCGGUGUUUUUGGCCGAGCUGCUGGAUGAUGAUAGCGUGGUGGAAUUCUACGAGGAUUUUGCUCGGCUGGCCUUUGGAGACUCCCGCGGCAGUGUCAUGACGACGUGCAAGCUGCUCAAGUACAAGACGAAGGAAGACAUGGAGCUGGCGCAGUCGGACGAUAACCAGCGCUGGAACAACCACCUACGCAAGGGCGGCAUCGCCAGCGAGGCGGGCAUGAACCAGCUGGGAUUUAAGGACGGCAAAGUCGAGUGCGCAUACUGCUGGACAGUGAAGCGAGAUGUAUUUGACAUACCCAUGCUCAUUGUGAUGAAUUUUCUCCCCUGCAUUUGA